AUGGCAGAUGAACACCACAUUGUGGCAAUUGAGGCUCUCCAUUGCCCAAUUCCUCAAUUUGAUAUACCCGGACCUCAUACUCGGGAAGUUCACCGAUGGACCAACCCGUCCGAACUACCCAGUCGCCUGAAAGAUGCCACCAUUGCCAUUACCACCACAAUUAAGCUCUCGGCUGAGACGCUUAGUGCCGAAGUCACCCCGAAACUUCGUCUUAUUGUGAUCAUGGCGACCGGCACGGAUUGUGUUGAUAUCGCGGCCGCAUCAGCUCGUGGAAUCACUGUUUGCAAUUGCCCUGGCUCGAAUAUCGAUAGUGUCAGUGAGCAUGCCAUUGGCCUUUAUUUUGCUUCCCGUCGAAAGUUCAUUGAGUUGCAUAAUGCCACUGUUGCCGUGCCUGAAGAUCCAUCCCUUGAUACCGAAUGGAAGACCAAUGGGUCAUUGCUCAGUCGCGUUCGCUUGCCAAGUGGCAAGGCGCCCUCUCUGUGCAGUGAUGAGACUGUUGGAAUUAUUGGAUAUGGAAUGCUAGGAAAGCGCAUUGAGACUUUGGCCAAAGCGCUUGGUAUGAAGGUCAUCAUCGCAGAGCGCAAGGGCGUCUCUCCUCGAGCGGGUCGGGUUGGAUUCGAAGACGCACUGAAGCAGUCAACUGUCGUCAUUCUUUGUCUCCCACGGAGCGCCGAGACACUCAAUAUGCUUUCCACCGCUGAGUUUCAGAUGAUGUCUUCUCACGCUCUGCUUAUUAAUGUCGCAAGAGGUGGGAUUGUCGAUGAGAAUGCUCUGUUGGAUGCCCUCAAACGGCAUGAGAUUGCCGGUGCAGCCACGGAUGUCUAUGUCAAAGAACCCGCUGGACGGGGAGACUCGCCUUUGUUGAGCCCGGAAGCGGCGUCGUUGAAUCUGGUCUUGACUCCUCAUCUUGCGUGGUAUGCCGAAAGGACACUGCACAACCUUGAGGCUAGUUGCAAGGUCACAGUCGAGAAAUGGUGCAUUGGUCAAACUAUCAACGAGGUUGACUGA